AUGCCUUUAGUUUUUUUUUUCGCGCGAUGCGCGGGUUGUCGGCUUAGGGUUAACUACACAAAACACAUAUUCUCUCCUGGCUUUCCUUUCCAAAACCUCUUCGCCGCCGAGUUCACUCACUUGUGUUGGAGUCUGACUCACUCCACUGUCGUUGGAAUCGACACCGAAUGGAAGCUCCGCAGCCACCAAUCCACUUUUCCCACGGUCUCUAUCCUCCAAAUCGCAUGCCGACUAUUCCCGGAUUCCAACGAGUCGCCGGUCUUCCUUCUCGACCUAUCCCUACUUCCCCUUCCGUCAAUCUACGAAUUAUUGCGCAAAGCGUUUGUAUCCCAUGAUAAUCUCAAAUUAGAUUUUAGGUUCAAACAAGAUUUGGUAUAUUUAUCGUCCACUUUCUGUUCUCAAGGCUGCGAUCCUGGUUUCGAUAGGGUGGAGCCUUUUCUAGAUAUUACAAGUGUGUACAGCUAUCUACAACAUAAGCAAUCUUCAGGAAGAAAGGUACCAAGACAAAUCAAGAGCUUGGCAACCAUUUGCCAAGAAAUGUUGGGUGUUUCACUUUCAAAGGAACUUCAAUGCAGUGAUUGGUCGCACCGUCCUCUUAGUGAGGAGCAAAAGGCGUAUGCAGCUGCUGAUGCUCAUUGUUUGCUUGAUAUAUUUAAUGUCUUCCAAGCAAAGGUUGAGAAAGAAGGUUGGGUGCCCUUAAUGUGA